GGUCUAGCCAGGAAACUGUGGCCCCCGCGACGGGCCUUGCCGGUACCUCUGCCGGAGCAGGUGAGAGCGUGGUGUUGAAAAGUACAUCUCUCUUAGUUCUCUCAGCUUGGCAAUGGUUCGUAGUGGAAAAAAUGGUGGGCUCCACCUGAAGCAGAUUGCAUACUACAAGCAAACAGGGGAAUAUCAUCCCACAACAUUAUCAAGUGAAAGAAGUGGAAUCAGGAGAGCUGCCAAAAAAUUUGUUUUCAAGGAAAACAAGUUGUUCUAUGUUGGAAAAGACAGAAAACAAAUGCGCCUGGUAAUUGUUUCAGAUGAAGAGAAGAAAAAGGUCCUCAAGAAAUGCCACAAAAAUGCUGCUGGCACUCAUCAUGGUAUAUCAAGGACACUGGCUUUAGUGGAGUCCAAUUACUACUGGACCUCUGUAACAAAUGAUGUCAAGCAGUGGGUGUAUGCUUGCCAGCAUUGCCAGGCAGCAAAGAACACAGCCACGAGAGUGCCCAAAAUACACCCUAUCAAAGCAGAGGACCCAUGGACAGCAGUCACUAUAGAGCUAAUGGGACCUUUCAAUGUUACCAGCAGAAGUCACAAAUACAUCGUAAUUAUGACAGAUUUGUUUACAAGAUGGACUAUUAUCUUACCACUGCGUGACACUUCAGCAGCUGAAAUUGCUAAGGCAGUAAUAAAUGUCUUUUUCUUAUAUGGACCACCUCAAAAGAUGCCUAUUGAUCAAGGGAAGGAGUUUGUUUAUCAGAUAAAUGAAGAACUGUUUGCACUGUUUGGAAUGAAACAAAUUGUAUUGUCUUAUCCUCAGACAGAUGAUGUAAAUGGAAGAAUGUCCAAGACAAUCAAAACUUUCCUUAACAAGUAUUGCAUAGACCAUCCAAAUGAUUGGGAUGAACAUUUGUCUGCUAUAGCCUAUGCCUUCAAUCUGACAAAUUUGGACCCAGAUCAAAACACCCCAUAUUUCCAAAUGUUCAACCGUAACCCACGUGUUCUUGAGCCCAUGAAUAUAUGUGUGGAAGGAGAAUACAGUAGUUUUGCCAAAAUAUUUGAAGCAACUAAAAAAUUCAGUCAAGCACUGGAAGAAGAGAAAACCUCAGAUUGCCAGGCAGGUAAAAAAACUUCAGAUGAACAAAAAAUCAGAACCAAAAUCACUGUCAAAAGGAAGCCAAAACAAUUAAAUACCCUUCAACUUAAAGUUGGUCAUGAAGUCCUCAGGCAAAGAAAAAACUGGUGGAAAGAUGGUCGUUUCCAGUCAGAAUGGAUUGGUCCUUGUAUCAUAGAUUACAUUACAGAAAAUGGCUGUGCAAUAUUAAGAGAUGCCACAGGAUCCAGGUUGAAAAGACCCAUCAAGAUGUCUCACCUCAAGCCAUAUAUAAGAGGGUCCAGUGAAAAAGACAACCAUUGCAUUCUACAAGGUGCAGUAGUUUUUGACCAUGACUAUAUUGGCUUAUCUGAAAGAUUUAAUAAUGCAAGCCAACCAGACUCUGUUGCUGAAGAGGAAAUAAAUGCCUACAAAAGAGAUAUUAUGUCUGCUGUACAGAUUCUGCCUGAAGCCUGCAAAGAUCAAGAAUUAGCAGAUGGUAAACAUGAGUCUGAGCAGGGAGAAGAUCAUUGCAUCAAACCAAACACUGCAAAGACAGAGCAACGGCCUUCACCUUGUUGGACCCUUCAGACAGAGACAGAGAAUACUUAAGCAUACUCUUCUAUCACAUUUCGUUGCCAAACAGUUUGGAAUUACUCUGGAAAACUGGGAAAAAAAAUGAAAAUAAUAGCUCCCAAUAACUUCCCAAUCCACUUUACUUGUUUAUGAAUUUAAGCGUGCUUCAGGUAUCUAAUUUGUCUGGGUGUUAAGAAAAAACAUUAGUAAAAGCACAUACUAUGAUCAUGCAUUUAAAUUUCAGAUUUUGUUGGUAGAAUGGCAAUGUGGCCAUGCCUUACUGUUAGGAAACUCUCAGGAAACAGUGCAUCACUGUAAUGACCUUUUUCAUUUAACCCUUGGAUGACUCAUUCCUAAUGUGCACUGGGAGAUGAAUUAAACCUAAGCAAGUUGGUGUAAAUUCUCCUUCACUAUAGAGAGGCUCAUUUUCCUGGUGUUUUCCUGAGUUUUCUAUUCUUCUGGGAAGGUGGAGCCUCUGACUUACAACUUUUAAUUUCUAGUCUAAUCCAUUUAACAAAAACAUCCAUCUAACAUCCACUUAACAAAAAUCCAUCUCACAAAACAACAAAACUGCCAAAAUCAAAUACAUAUAGUGUUUUAUGCAUCAAAGAAUGAGGGCUUCUGCUAUUCCCUGCUAGCAAAAUUCUGCUAGUGUAGGCAGUUUUAAUAUUUCAAGUAUGUGAAAAAAAUCUUAAGAACAUUUAAUAUUCAUUUGUGCAUUUUCCACAAAUAUCUGUUCUCCAUUACAGUUACCUCUUCACUGUGCAUAUUAGGAGAUUCUCCAUGGACAGCUGGCUGUGAAAGGUGAAGCGCUAGUAUUAACUUAUUCUCUGAUUUACUUGAGUAAGUUGUUACUGAUCUGGACUUUCUGCUGAGAAGAGUGUUUCUCAAAGUCAGCAGCACAAGAAUUUUUUCAUAUAGAAAACGGAUGAGUGCAAGUCAGAUUUUUUUGUUUGUUUUGGUUUGGUUUUUUUGGGUUUUGUGUUUGUUUUGUGGGGUUUUUUUAGGGGUUGACAUGAAGAUGAAGAAAAUAGUAGAAAAAUUAAUUGAGCAAUUCAGCAAAUUCUGCUGCGAAAGAUUUGUUUGUCUUGCUCUGAAUUUGUGUGUUCCCUCUCUUUUCUGCUGCUGAAUAUCAUAGGUCUUGUAACACAGGUGAAGAAGUUUUUUUUAGUAGGAGUUUGCAGUUAAUUUUAGGCAAUUAGAUGUGGUCAUCAAGGCUAAUAAGGUACCUACCUCCUACAGAAGUUUACAUGCACAGUACAGCACAUCUUUGAUACCAUGGGAUGCAUCUGUGUGAGAAAAGAGCUCAGGAUCAUGUCAAGGUGCUAUCUUAAACUUCAAGUGAAAAACAAUUAAUACCCAAACAAUUCUAUGUCUUUUAAAAAUGCAGUCCUACACAUACAGUUUUUCUCCACGAAGACUUCAGAAAGAGUCUUUCUGAAUACACUGUGUGUGUGUGCAAAUAUGGAAUAAAUAUUUACUUUUGCAUAUAAUGCUUUUGAAGAAAAUAUUAGUGUCAGGGAUAAAACUGGAGAGUAAGGCAUUGUUUGUAAGACUCAUUUCUGAUUUGGUCGCUGCAAAAGAGAGCCAGCCUCUCUUACUUUUUUCUUACUCCAAGUGAUGAGUUCCUGAAUUGUGCAUGGUACAGCAGAGCUGUUUUCUGGGUCAGCUCUGGGGUAAUGCAGGUGCUGUGGAGUUGUUAGAGCUACACUGAAGAGAGAAAAUGCUGUUGUGAGAGAGUAAUGGGGAAAACAGAAACAUUUAACAUACUGCUGAUCAUUCAGGCUUCCUGGAAUUUUGAUCUACUGUGUUAACAAGCAGGCAUUAGUGACUUACCAGUGCACUGAAACGUGGCUUUCUCUGUGUGGGGGAGGUUCAUUGAAAUAAAAUCCAGGAUUUUCAAGCUAUUGACACGAAGAACAUCACUGGAAACUGGAAAAACCCCCAGUGUUUGGCCAAACUGACACAAAGAAG